AUGUCUGCGCUGGACAUGCUGAUGAAGAUGCGGGCUGUUAGUGCAGCCCGCGGCCUUGCAGCCAUGGCGAAUGCACCCCCAGCUCCACCUGCCCCGCCGGCUCCUCCGGCACCACCUUCUCCGCCUGCUCCUCCCGCACCUCCUGCUCCGCCGUCGCCUCCCGUGCCCCCUUUCCCUUACCCCUUCGAACCUGUGAACGGCGAAGACGAGCUUGUUGGGCAGAUGGAGCCUGACGCGUCUUCAACCGAUGACGAGGGGAGUGACGGCGCCGCAGCGACCGGUGAAAACCUUACCUUUCCUCUUCCCCAGUUCCCCACUGAUGUGCUGCGCGAUGUCAACCCUGCCGCUGUCUCUUGUGAUGCUAUUACCCCCAAUUCCCGGAAUAGGGUUAACCAGCACAAGCGCCACGCUCGCACCAUGGCAGAGAAAACUGGUUGGCUUGUGAGGAUGAAGGAUGACAUUCUCACGGUGCGCGAAACUGCACGGCUGGCUGGCGUUCAACCAGUGAGCAUCCGCCGCUGGAAGAAGGCGGCUGAAGAGAUGGCAGCGGCGGCAGGCAGUCGUCUGCGGCUUUCUGGUGGCGGACGGCAAGCUCGCUACUCUGACAUGGAACUGUCCGUGUACAAGCAGUUCCUCGCCCACAGGUCACGGGGAUUGGCGGUCCCGAUUAAGCUGCUGCAGACAUGGAGCCGGAUUUCGAUGAAGCUCCGGCACCCUCAGGUCGACUGGCGCGCGUCUCCUCGCUGGACGGUCCGAUUUCGCAAGCGGUGGGGCCUCACCGUAAGGGUAAAGACCAAGAUCGGGCAGCGUUUGACGAAAGGCUUCGUUCUCAUGCGCGAUGGGGCUCAAGUGGAGGUGCACGACGACGUGCACGCGGCGGGGGAGGUUGAGGAGUGGAUCAACCCCAUGUACGCCACUGCCGCGGAGGAGGCCGCGGAGGAGGAGGAGGAGGAGGAGGAGGAGGAGGAGGAGGAGGAGGAGGAGGAGGAGGAGGAGGAGGAGGAGGAGGAGGAGGAGGUGGACGAGGAGGCACCUAUGGAGGAGGAGGAAGCUAUGGAGGAGGAGGACGGCGAGGACAGUGAGGAGCAGUAG